AUGCUGGCAGUGGAGAAGAACAACGAGAAUAGGAGCCUGAAGACCAACCGGCUCUUCCCGACCCCGAACAAGCCGGACCCAAUGCCGCAGAAUCUGGCAUUCCUGUUCACCAAGAUCACGCCUGAGCAGAUGAUCUACAUGUGGAACGUGCUUACGGCCAUCUUUGCGUCGCAAGUUCUCAUGGUGAUUGCUUACUGCGGGGCCUUGGCUUGCUUCCCGGACUACUGGUGGACUUGCACGCUGUGCUUCGGCCUGCCUUUCUCGUACAUUGCCAUUCAGAACAUCUACAUCGACCACGACGUGAUGCAUGGGGCUACCUUCCCCGUCUAUGAGUGGCAGCGGUUCCUCACACAUCCCUUCUCGGAUUUUGUCUCCUUACCCUGGGAGGAGUUCGUCCUGGAGCACAACAGGCAUCAUGCGUCUACCGUGGACCUGUUGAUCCAGGGGGAGUUUGGCUGGGAUCCGGAGGAGUUCCACUACGCUCUGCAACAGUGGGCUGGGCCAUGGGGCUCCAACUGGUACAAGUACCUGCUGACAGUUCCGUUCAUCCCGGUCAUCCACUUCUUCGGUCUGAACGAUACCGGCUCCCUCUUUGCUCUGGAAUGGUGGAUGCACUUCCCAGAUGAGGGCGCAGGCGGCAAGUGCAACAAGGAGUUCUGGAGCAAGUGGGUUCCGCGCAGGAUCAAACACAACGCCUUCGUGCUCUCCCUGUGGGCCUGCGUGUGGCUGCUUGGCACCUACCCUCUGGGACGUCCCCUCAGCGAGGGUUGGAGAUUCAUGUUCACUGUGUCCUUCUUCGCGCGCAUCGGUUACUCUGCGGCUUGGAUGUUCAUCACGAACUUCACCCACAGUCUUCCUUGGAACGAGUUCCUCGCACAGGAUCCAGGCCGUACCUGGCCUGUGCUCCACAACGUGAUGGCCAUGGUGCUGGGUGGUAAGCACCGCUGGAACGAGAUGCUCUUCCACGAUGUCCACCAUGCUUUUCCUAACGCCGUCGGCACGCUGAGCCAGCGCGGCCGUUUCCAUGGCUGGGAGAAGGUGCACGACGCUGCUGCCGAGGUUCUCCACCGUGGUCUUUGGAAGCCCAAUGGUGAUGAGGAAACAGUCAUGCAGAAGACGCAGAAGAAGCGCUCCUUGAUGAUGAAGCAAGGCAAGUGA